AUGCACCUCGUGCAGCACGGCGUCACACCCACCAUGGAGGAAGUCCAGAAGGCGACCCAAGAGUUCAGGCUGGAGCAGGCCAGAUUGGCCGUAGAAGCUGAAGGAGUCAUGGGGCACCCAGAGCCGAAGGUCGCGCCAGUGGAGCACGAAUUACGGAUGUAUGCUCAUGACAUCCUGAAGCCCCACCACGACAAGGACUAUCGGGCCCUGGCGGUUUUCCCGUUGGCUGCGUUGGAGGAGAUGCGCAUCAUCGUGGUGCGGGUAGACUACAAGGGCGACCUGCUGAUUGAGACCGUGACCGGAAGCCAAUGGACCAAGCUGGACAUGUGGGUGAUGAUCUCCAAGGGCCACAUGACGUUGCUGCAACCACCCUCGCCCGAGGACGGCAAGAAGCUGUUGGAGAAGGAGGAGGUCUACAACACCCCGUGUUUGGGGUUCCGAUACUUCUGGCACCAGCGGCAUGACCAAGCAAAAACCGCCCCUGGGGUGGUUUCGUGCCGGCACUGUCGCACUCGGAAAGGGGGUGGUGGCGACGACCCAGAGCCGACAGGGUGUUUGAGGAAAACCACCUGCCUGCCAGCCUUGUCCCAGGUUUUUGCUGGAGGGGGCCAAAUGGUUCGACCGGUACAUGAUGCCGGAGGACGGAAGGGCCUGGUGCUGCAGGAGUACUUCGCUGGCCAUGGAGUCAUCACGAAAGGCUGGCGCGCAGCGAAUCAAACGGCCCUGGAGCCCAUCGAGCUCUACGCACAACCGCAUCAGCAACUCGGACCACGUCCAGAUCAUGAUCUGUCCGACCCGCACCGCCAGGAGUACUUCAUCAGCCGGCUGAAGGCACAGGACUCAAAUGUGCAGUGGAUUGCAAGCCCAUGUACGAGCUUCUGCGAUUGGUGUCUGCAGAACGGAGGGACUCGAACAUUCCAGAACCCUGCCGGGCAACCAACAGCCAAGGAACAGAUUGGCAAUGCUUUGUCGGAAUAUGGCGCGAGGGUGUUUGAGACUUCUCUCCUGCAAGGUGGCUUCCCUAUUGCCGAAAGCUCUGGCACAUCGGGCAGGUAUCCCAAGCAAUGGCACUUACCUCAAUGGCGCCGUUUGCUGCAACGCCCGGACGUCGACUUCAUUGAGAUCGACAUGUGUGCCUUUGGUUUGGGGCCACCAGACAUGCCGGGCCACUUCUACCGUCAUCGUACCGGGUUGGCCUUCCCUCAUCAUCCCCCUCUACGGCAAGCUUUGCUCCGCCUCUGCCCUGGUGUUUCAGGAACUCACCAGCAUAUCCCCCUGAAGGGCAAUCGACCAGGGGUGCAGGUGUCGCGGUGCACGGAAGCUGGCGUCUAUGCGGAGGCCUUCGUCCGGACUGUCGUCGAGACCCUGGUGCACACCUUGGAGGAGCCCGUGGUCGACGAGGGUGGCCAGGCCGGUCUCGAGGACUUUGAGUACCUGAAUGAAGAUGAACUCCAGCAAGUCGCUGGGAUGGCCGUGGACGAGGCGCUCGGGGUGUGGAAUGGUGUCGAGGUCAACAAUCCACAACGGGACGAACCUGAAGGAGAGGUGGUUGAGGAUGAGGAGGACUUUGAAGGGGAGGACACCACUGAGCCAUGCCCUGAGACUGAAGGCGAACCCAGCACGAGAAUUGUGUGGCAGGACUGGGGCUCCGAAACCGCAUGGAAGUGGACGCGGAAAGGGGCUAUGCGUGGGUCCAUACGAACGAGGCAAGGAAUGAUCUGGUGGUCCCAGAGGAGCUGCCCUACCCGUACUGGCCGCAUCGAUUCCACAGUGAAAGAUACACCCGAUGUGAAACCCGAGACGAGUGGGGUCGUCUUCAAGUGGCCGAGGUCUAUGAUGACUGGAGGGUCCAAGGGAGAGGUCCCUUGGGUUGAGCUGCCUGUGGAUGGCCCCGGGGGCCCCGAUGCCGGUGGAGGAGGUGAAGAUCCAGGGGGCGGUGAUGAUGACUGGCACGAGGGCAGGGCAGGAGGCAACAGCUGGACCGACUUUGAGAAGGAGGGCAUCUCGGGCAAGGCGGCUACGGCGGCUUUGGGCUACAUCCAGGAGGUUGACAAGAUCCAAGGAAACGGGGCUCAGGACUGGCAAGCCGUGCGAGAACGGGGAGAUCUGCUGUUGGACCUGACAGGCUCAGUUGAGAAGGCAGCGAUGGCACUUUGGGUGGCGCGGGAGCAGUUGGGCCGGAACAAUUUGCAAGGGGCCGAUAGUGAGGAGCUCACGAAGUUGUUGCAUCCAGAUCAUUUGGCCUACCUUCGAGAUAUCCGAGCUCAAGGCAUGCCCGCCAGGUACCAAGGGCAGAGGGAGCGAGUGACGACCCGACCACACCCGCGGGCGAGGGCAGAUAUGGGCCAAGUGUACGUCCAGUUGAUGAAGGACAUCGCAAAGCACCGAGUUCUGGUCGCCUCAGCGAGCCAUUCAGCCCUGAAGCAUACGGUCUCCUCACCCUUUGAACUGGUUCCCAAGAUGCUACCGAAUCGGCCCUUGUCAACCGAAGCUAGGCUGGUGCAUGAUCAACGGCAGGUCAAUGGAGGAACCCACAAGGAUCUUCACCCGCCUGCGGCACAGCCGACCCAUGAGCAGGUGGCAAGGCGCAUUCUGUGGCUGAAGGCGAGAUACCCCGGCAUCAAGGUCGUUUUGGCAAAGAAAGACGUGGCUGGUGCCUUCAGAUUACUAUGGGUUGAUCCCAGGGAUGUGGAGCUGUUUGCGGGUGACGUCCCAUGGAGGCCAGAGUUGAUGGGACCGGGAGGGUCGGCGGCCAAGUUUCAAGGGCUGGGAGAUCUUACGGUCAUCUACCUGGUCUCGAGCUUUGGGUUCUCGGGCUCCCCGGGCGAAUGGACGGCAUGGGGGCGUGCUACGGAGGAAGUCCACCGCAACCUCCGCCCGAUUGACAGCAGGAGAGAUGGAGAGCUGCACUUCUGCGGGAAGAUCUUGGUCGAUGACAUGGUGCCCGUGAUGGGAUUGAGGCCCUGGGUGUCCAGUGAGGUGUACGAGUGGGCGGUGACGCAACUCCUAGGGGAGAAGGCCAUCAACAAGCUCAAGGAUGCGGAAGAAGGGUGCUACCAGAUUGCAGGUGGUUGUGUGCCCGUUCAGAGACGUGGGCUACGAAGUUUGGGGGGCGACAUCAGAGAGUUGCUCCCGCCUUUGGACCGCUUGGCCUUGCCUGGACAGCAAGGGGAAGGCCCGAUCUUCGUCUCCUCUGACGCUACGCCGGAGGUGGUUGCAGCCAUUGAUUGGACCAAUGGCCUGGCUUGUCGUGAGGAUGUUGAGACCCUGAAGCCAUGGAUUCGGCAGGUUACAGAGGCCGAAGGGCAAGAGGGCGGCAAGCUCGCCAUUCAUUUGGGCGAGAUGCUGAGCUUCGUGGCCUUUGCUUGCAAGGUUGGCCAUUUGUGGGAGGGCAGAGUGGUCGUCUAUGCAGGGGACAACAAGGUCGUCUACUUCUGGAUUACCGGGAGGAAGAGUGGAGUCCGGGAAAAGCAGGCGGACGAGCUUAUGGUGAAGAAGGGUUGGGACAAGCUGGACAUCAAGGAGAGCAUCCACCAGGCCUUGGAGGACACGGAGCGGUUUGGCUUGUGCUUUUUGUCCUGGGCAGAUCAGGAGGACAGAUAUGAGUUGAUGAGGUUGAGGGAACUACGGGUCUUCAGAACCGUCCUCCGACAGCCAGCCGAGCUGAGAGAGGUAGAGGUGGUCGAAUGGACCCCGGGCCAGCGAUUUGUCAAGGACUUCGAAUACUUCACUGGGGGAGCCAGGGAUCCGGAGCACAAGGUCAUAGCAGCCACCAUCGGACCUGACCCGAAAGGAAGGCGAGUGGCGGAGUUCACGGCCUACCUCGACAGUGAGGUCUUUGACAUUGCCGUCUUGGAGGGACCGACCGAGGUGCGAUGGGCGCACCUGGAGCAAUGGGCGAAGAGUGUGGGAUGGAGCUGUGUGUUCCAGGAGUUCCUCACGUCCCAGCUUGGGGAAGCUAUGGUGAGGAGAAGGGUCGCGGGCUUCGUUUUCCCCACGGAAAAGUCCUCAGAGGCGGUCGAGUUUUUGAUGGUGAAGUCGGUUACUCCGCCAGCGAUGGGGUCCUACUUGAAAAAGCUCAAGGAAGGCAAUUGCGUUCAGACCGAACGGUAUGAGGCGGCCAUCAAUGUGGGCCAAGAGGUCAUGCUCCCGGUGGUGACAGCCCAUGCGUGGAUCAGGCAGGACGGAGAGAGGCAGAAUGUCUAUUCCUUGAGUGGACCUUGCCGGUGGCCCCUCACCGACUCCUCAGAGAAGGGCACGCAACGCAUCCUAGUACAGGACAAGACCGCCCCGGUGGGCAAGGUGAGGAGCAUCACGGGCGAGGAGGUGUGGGUGCUGCAGGGCAGGCGCCUGGACGAGUGGAGGAACCUGGUGGAGCUGAUCGGGGAGAAGGAAGCGGAGAAGGAAGGCUGCCGGGCUACAGGCCGUCGAACUGCUCUGAGCCUGAUCAGCACCGCUGCGGAGAUUGUGAAAGAGGGUAAGGAAAGCAAGGCAGGGAUGUGCCUCGACAAGGAGGAUUACAAGUCAUUGGGCAUUUUGCUGCAGUGGCUGAGGAGAUGGCGUCGUGGAGACUUCAGGCGAGCACUACCAGAUCGUAAGGCUGGAGGCCGUGAUGAUCAGAUGCGAUCGGUGUGGUUCUGGGGUGAGGAGUUGUGGCUUGGCGCCCUCGAGGAUGACGAGAUGACCUUCGGAAGCAGUGAGGACCGGAAAUGCGGAGGUCGCCGCAGGAAGGAGGUGAGGCCGGUGGAGGAGACCGGUGCUCGUUUCAUCGACCUCGACCCGGACUUCAAUCCAGAUAUGGAGAUCCAGGCGCAGGUGGAGGAGUGGUUGGAAGCCCACUUGGUGGGUUUAAGGCAGCCAGCACCCAGAAAGCAUAUGCCACCGCUUGGGGCAAAUGGUGUGAUUGGAGCCGACGGCAAGGUCCUGGGCUACCUGGGCUUCUUGGGAUGGCUGAGUACGUCAGUUGCCACGAUGAAGCAGGCAGUGUUCGCCAUCAAGGACGCACGCAAGAGAGCCGGGCAUGGUGACACGACGGUCAAGAUGCACCGUCUUUGGAUCGUUCUCAACUCGCUGGAGAAGAACUCAGUGAAGAAGCCAAGGCGGCUGGGUGUCACGGUCCAGAUGAUCAAGUGGCUUGGCAAACAGAUGGCCUCAGGAGCGGACGCCAUGGGCGAGCUCAAGGUUGACUGCAGGAUGGUGCAUGCAGCGGUGGUCACCGCCUGGUUCUUCAUGCUUCGGGCCAGGGAGUUCUCUGACUCCAGCGGGGUGGAUCAGGAGAUGAUCGAAGUGACCUUGCAGUUCCGCAAGACCAAGGCGGAUCAAGAGGCCUUCGGGACGUGCAAGACGAUGCUGAGGACGGAGGUCGAGUUCGUGUGUGUGGUCACUGCGCUUCACCGACUACGCGAAGUGGCACCGAGGAGGUUUGGGCGGGGCCCAGAGAGUCACAUGCCCUUGUUCCGGUGGGCUUCGGGACCUGUCCUCAAGCGCUUGGAGGUCCAGAACCUUUUGCAGAGAGCGGCACGAGCUCUCGGCUUGCCGGCAGAGCGCUUCCAGUCCCAUUCGCUACGAAUUGGUGGAGCGUCGGCGCUUUACCAAGCCACCGGGGAGAUUGAAGUGGUCAAGAGGACCGGACGAUGGACAUCGUCAGCGGUGCAGCGCUAUCUACACGACUCGGGCGACGUCCUGUCAGGUUUGGCGCGGAAGAUGGCCAAUGUGGACCAGCGCGUGCGGAAGUUUGAUCGCUUGGUGGCGGUCAAUGGUCAAACCAGCGAGCGGGGCAAGGAGGUCUUAGAUCUGGCGAGGUUCGCGGAGGGGGACACCGUCCUCACCUUCCGACGCUCUCAGGUGAACGAAGUGAAGCUCUCUUCCAAUGGUGCGAGCCCUGCAGCGGGCUUGCAGCUCAAAGAGGGGCCAGGCUUUCUGUUGGUCACGGUGAUUGACGCUGGCGCGGCGCAGGAGCACAACGCGACGGCUCCUGUCAUGCGACAGAUUCAACCCGCUGAUUGGAUCAUCGGCGUCAGCGACCUCGAAGGGGCCGGCCGUACGCUGAUGGACAAGGUGAUCAAUGCAGAGAAGGAGUUGACGCUGAAGGUGGCCGUUUGGAGGUGA